UAAAUGGAUCAUAAUUCACAGGCGAGUAAUACCCCAAGUGCAGAAACAAGCCCUAAUGAGUUUAAGGAUAUGGUUACAAUGUACACGAAGAAUGCUAUGUCAGCAAUGAUCAACGUCAACUCCUUGGCUAACCAGAGCUAUGCAUAUGGGUAUGCCCACGGCAAGAGAGAAGCUUAUGAAGAUGUAUUCAAAUGGUUUACCGACCAACAUGAUAAUACAUUAAGAUAUGUCUCCACCAUGAGCUUUUUUAACUAUAUUAAUGAUAAACUUCUAGAGUUUAAGUCCAAGUUCGCGAUAGGAACUCCCGGUGAUGACCAGAUGAGCGACGGAAUUUCUAAAUUAGAUAAGUUAUCAACAAGCGCAGGAGCCACUUCAGUUGAAAUGAAAUCUUCUAGCGGUGUCUCCUCUUCAUCUUCAAUUCUUAAAAACUUUACUGCAAAAGAAGGUCCAAUCUUGUUUAGAGAGAACAGAAAGCGUAGGAGGAACCCCUUCUUCUCAGGAAGAAGUGAAGAUGCUGAAAACAUUAUUAACUCAGAACUUCCUACUAAUUUGAGACCUGAGAAUAAUUCCUUGGAGGAUGAAUCAAAUCCAUUCUUUACUUCACAAUCCAAGAGUGAGCAAAUGGUAUACCUUCCAAAGCGUAAGAAGAAUAAUUGGUAGCUAAUUUAAUCAUUCAGACUUUAUAAA